AGGUGUGAAAAUAAAUAAUUAAUAAUUAAGAAAAGAAAAAUGGUAAAGUGCGCUAAUAAGUGGGUUAUAAAAGCUCUGAAUUGGGGAAGUGCGGAUCGAGAAAGCAUGUGGAAUUGGAUAUGGGCGGUGGGUUUGGGAUUGUUGGGUGUAUGGGGAUGGAAGAUCUUGAAUUGGAUGUGGUUGACGCCGAAGAGGCUGGAGAAGUGCUUGCGACACCAAGGUCUCGCCGGCAACUCUUAUCGCCUUCUGUUUGGGGAUUCCAAGGACACUGCCGCUGCCGUCCGCCAAGCUAAGACGCAGCCCAUCAGCUUCUCCCAUCGUAUUGCUGCGCGCGCCACCCCUUCCUCUCAUAUCACUAUUCACCGAUACGGCAAGGAUUCUUUCACAUGGAUUGGCCCAACUCCAAGAGUCUAUAUAACACACCCUGAACAAGUGAAGGUGGUUUUCUCUCAAAUCAAUGAUAUUCGUAAGGCAACUUUGUUUCCGUUUAGAAGAAGAAUGGGCGGUGGAGUCGUGUCUCUUGAAGGAGCUAAAUGGGCUAAGCAUAGAAAGAUCAUCAACCCUGCGUUUCAUAUGGAAAAGCUUAAGGAUAUGUUUCCAGCAUUCUCCCAGAGUUGUAGCGAGAUGAUUAACAAAUGGGAAAUGAUGAUCACUAAAGAAGGGUGUUGUGAAUUAGAUGUAUGGCCUGAUUUACAAAAUAUGGCUGCAGAUGUCAUUUCUCGAACCGCAUUUGGUAGUAGUUAUGAGGAAGGUAAGAAGAUCUUCCAGCUCUUGAAACAGUGGGCUUCCCUCUUGAUGGCAUAUGUCAUGAAAGGAGUUUACUUCAUUCCCGGUUUGAGGUUUCUUCCAACCAAGUUGAACAAGAGGAUGGAUGAGAUUAAUGGCAAUAUACGAGACAUGAUUUGGGGUAUUAUAAACAAAAGACAAAAUGCUAUGAAGAAAGGUGAAGCUUCCAAUGAUGAUCUGUUGGGCAUCCUCUUAGAAUCAAAUUCACGUGAGAUUCAAGAACACAAAAACAAGAAAGAUGUUGGAAUGAGCAUGGAAGAAGUAAUUGCUGAAUGCAGACUUUUCUAUUUUGCUGGCCAAGAAACCACAGCGGCAUUGCUUGCUUGGACGAUGGUUCUACUUGGUCGAUACUCCGAGUGGCAAGAUCGAGCAAGAGCGGAAGUCCUUGAGAUCUUUGGUGAUAAUAAAAAAUUCGAUUUUGAUGGUCUAAGUCGUCUUAAAAUUGUUACUAUGAUACUAAAUGAGGUUCUUAGACUAUAUCCUCCCGUUGGUCUUCUAUCUCGAGAGAUUCACAAGGAAACUAAGUUAGGGAAUCUGACAUUACCAGUUGGAGUAUCAAUAGGCAUUCCAAUUGUAUGCAUCCAUCAAGAUCCUACACUAUGGGGUGAAGAUGCGAGUGAGUUCAAGCCAGAGCGAUUUGUCGAGGGGAUUUCCAAAGCAACAAAGAAUCAAGUAUGCUUCAUUCCUUUUGGAUGGGGUCCUCGAAUCUGUCUCGGUCAAAACUUUGCAAUGAUUGAAGCAAAAAUAGCAUUAUCGAUGAUUUUGCAGCGAUUCUCGUUUGAACUUUCUCCAAGUUAUACUCAUGCUCCUAUCACCAACGUCACUAUUCAGCCACAACAUGGGGCUCAUCUCAUCCUCCGUAUGUUGUAAUAACUUUAAAGGGUCAUGGGGCUCAUCUCAUCCUUCCUAUGUUGUAAUAACUUUAAAGGGUUCUAAUAGUUUUCAAUAUCUUUGUGUUUUUUGUAUUAAACUUGGCCAUAAGACGAUGCUAUUUCUUUUGAAAUCUGAUAGUCACAGUAAAGAAAAAAUAAAUUAGUCAAUGUAAGGCUUUUGAAG